CAACCUGCAGCUGAGGAGCCCAGGCCAUGGGACACACUCUGAGCACAGAUGGCUCAGAGAUGCUGCCUGAGAUCUUGGAGCUGCGCUAGAUCAAGGUGGAAACUAUCUCGGUGAAGACCAUUGAGACGAUGAUGGCAGGCAAGGAGGAGGAUAACGACAACAAAGAUGGUAGCAGGGGUGGCCACAGGCAGGCCAGCCACCACCACUACCACCACCACCUACACCACCUGCCAAGGAUCUGCUGCGGUCACUCCUCACGAUGACCCUACCCAGGUGUACCACCACCAGGAGGUGAUCCUAGAGCAGGCAUACCAGGAGGCGGUGGGUGGUGGUGACUCGGAUGGGGGACCAGAUACCCUAGUGCCAGAACUGGCCAGCGAUGACCACGAUCACCUUGAACAGGCUCUGGUUACCAUGGUGGAGGCUGACAAGGGUGGCUGUGACAUUAUCUCAGGCAAUAAGCAGUGGAAGCAGAAGCAGGUGCAGAUCAAGAACCUGGAGGGUGAGUUCUCUGUCACCAUGUGGUCCUCGGGUAAAAACAAAAGAUAUUAGCCAUAAAAUAGUAGUUGAGAAACAGAUCACUGGAGAGAACUCACCUCCUGAUUAUUCAGAGUAUAUGAGAGGAAAGAAACUUCCUCCUGGAGGAAUACCUGGCAUUGACCUCUCAGAUCCCAAACAACUGCAGAAUUCGUCAGAAUGAAGCCAAGACAAGUGUAAAAGAUGAUGCUCCAUGAAAAAUAGCUGGUGCUCGCCAAGGCUACACACAGAUAUUCAAGGAUAACUGCCAGGAGAAAACAUCUGCACACAUAUCAUCCCAGAGUCCACUUUUGUGCAGAACGUAGCAGAGCUGUUGUUGAGAGCUCAGAACUAAGACCACAUCAACUGGUUCACACUGGAGAGAAGCUGUUUUAAUGUACAUUUGAAGA